UCUGCUCAGCAAAAUUGAAUCUACCAACCACAACCACAAUCUUUGAAUCAUAUAAUGCUUCUAAGGGUAGCAUAAAAGAAGAUUUGAAAGAUUUAAUUAAUGGCUACCUUGAAGUCUUAGAUAUCUA